ACCAACCCUCGUCAGGCAUGUUGGUACAUUACCAUUCCUCAAUUACCACCCGAAACUUAUGGAUUACUAUACCCCAUUCACUUUUCAUCGGACAGAUUCUCUGAAAAACGCAGUAACGGCACUAACGCGUGAUGUUUGUGUUACCAUGGGGAGCAGCUCUUACUCGCCCAGGAUCCGCUUGACGGCUGGAAGCGGAUCUCGGGACAAGGAAGGCGAUGCUUUGUGACGUACAGCAUCUGGUUGUCUGUUAUUCCGCACCCAAGAGCUAGUUGAUUUCCUGAAGCCACUUCAAUACCCCUCUUCAUACCAUUUCUGAGGUUUAUCUGGCAUUUCCCAACCAGUUGCUAGUGCUUAGAAACAAGCAAGAUGGUUGGCGGUGAGGCACUGAAAACUUACACUCUCGUUGAUGUGGCCGCUCACAAUAGAGAAGGAGACCUGUGGAUUGUCAUCGACAGCAACGUAUACGACAUCUCUCGUUUCGUGAAUUUUCAUCCUGGUGGAAAAUCGGUCUUAUACGACCAAGAAGUAGUUGGGAAAGAUGUGACAGAGGUCUUCUUCUCCCUUCACCGUGGCUCUCUCCUCCAGAAACCCCAAUAUCAGCGUCUCAUUAUCGGAAAAAUCCAUGAUCAAAGAGCACGAUUUAUCCAACCGCCUGUUGGAAGCCUUUCACAAAUCCCUUAUGCUGAGCCAACAUGGCUCACCCCUGAGUACACUUCCCUACAUUUCAAGGAAUCACAUAAGAGGCUGCAGAAGGCUAUGAGGACGUUUGUAGAUAAAUAUGUCAUCCGGGAUGCACACAUGCACGAGGAGGAUGGGAAACCUCCCAGUCAGAGCUUGAUCGAUAAGACAGCGGAACUUAAUAUCCUCGCGAUGCGACUUGGCCCCGGUCCACACCUCAAGGGUCGCACACUCAUGAAUGGCAUCGUCCAGCCCGAAGAGUUCGACUACUUUCACGAACUGAUUAUCACUCAAGAACUCGCGCGGCACGCUUCACGGGGAUACGCUGAUGGAUUCUCUGGAGGAAUGGUCAUUGGUCUUCCUCCAUUACUCAACUUUGGUUCGCAGUCAUUAAAAGCCAAGGUUGUGCCCGAAGUUUUGGGAGGGAAGAAGUACAUCUCUUUAGCGAUUAGUGAGGCUUUUGCUGGGAGUGAUAUCGUUGGUGGGUUGAGAACCGCGGCGAAGAGGACUGAGGAUGGGAAGUUUUUUAUUGUCAACGGGACUAAAAAGUGGAUUACCAACGGGACGUUUUGCGAUUACUUUACUGUGGCUUGCAAAACGGGGGAAGUGGGCACGGCAGGGGGAGGGAUUACGGUCUUAUUGAUUCCAAGAGGGGAGGGUGUAGAAACAAAGUUGAUCAAGACGAGCUAUUCGUCGACGGCGGGGACAGCCUACGUUACAUUCGAUAACGUCAGGGUUCCAGUCGAGAAUAUUUUGGGCAAGGAACAUCACGGGCUUUUUGUUGUAUUGUCUAACUUCAAUCAUGAACGAUGGAUCAUGACUGCCGCCAGUGUCCGGUCGCAACGGAACGUUCUCGAGGAGGUACUGAAGUGGACUCACCAGCGCAAGGCUUUUGGAAAAUCUCUAUUGGAACAACCCGUCAUUCGAUCUAGGAUUGCCGCUAUCAUUGCUCGUGUUGAAUCCGCCCAGGCUUGGCUUGAGAAUUUGACUCUCCAAAUGUGCAACAUGAACUAUAAACAGCAAGCAGAGCAUCUUGCAGGGCCGAUAGGAAUUCUCAAGAUGUAUGCCACGCGCACGGCGCAAGAAACAGCAGCAGAUGCCACUCAGAUCUUUGGUGGACGAGCCAUCACUAUGACAGGUCUUGGAAGUGCUAUCGAACAUUAUCAUCGUGUAAUUGGGUUCGACGCGUUGUUGGGGGGAGCCGAAGAUGUAUUGGGAGAUUUGGGGGUGAGGCAGGCAGCGAAGAAAAUUCCGAAGAAUGCACGCUUGUAACCAGGGCUUUAUUUCAUGUCGAUAAAUGCUGGCCAUUCUUGGCCAUCCAGUGCGGUGCGUAGAGAGCAGCCGAGCAUUCAGCGUGCCAAAUAUCAGAUCUACUUACCCGGGGGAUGGGGAUACCUCCUAUCAGAUGUCGGUGCGAGAGCUAGCUACCUCGUGCCAGCGCUUAUUUAUGUAAUUUGGAACUUCUCGGGUAACUGCUCACAUGAUUUACG